AUGGCUGACGUCGCCUCCGCUCUGCUCUCUUUCCCACCAGAUGCUCAGGCCCUUAGCUCGCUUCAGCAUGUCGAAUAUGACCGCCAGAUCCGCUCAUAUAUCAACGUUCUACAAAGCAUACCGCUAGCCACACUGGCGAAAGCCGCCGGGAUACAGAAUGAUUUGCUGGAGCUCCUCGACCCGUCGAUAAAUUCCCUCGCAUACAUCUAUGUCCUAACCGCCCAGAUCCAUGCGAGCUCCGUGAAGAGCACGAAGAUCCCUGACGCGCACCGGCCAGACGGGCCGUUCUGGUUGAAGCUCAGCGAUUUCCUUGUCACCUGCGAUCCGAUCCAGAUGCGCUAUGCUGGUGAGCUUUGGAGGCGGCUGCUGGAGUACAUCGAGCGCAUCACCCGGUUUUUCAGAGCGCCAUUGGCCGGCAUCCCUCUCAUCUGCGCGGCCUUGCUCCGCCUCGAUCCCAUGACCGGCACCCUCACCUCGAACCACUUGAACUACAUACGCCUCUGCCUCGAAGCCCGAAUGUACCGUCACGCCCUCCCCAUCCUAGACAACCCCAUAAGCGGCUUUCCUACUGCACCCGUAUCUGGUGCCACGAAUGCAGUGCCGUGUGCAGAUCACUCCGUCAGCAGUGCAUGGAUAACUUCCCGCUCCGGUCACUCGGACAAGAUCGAGAUCAGCCACGUGCAAGAGUACUUCCUGCUGGGCGCGAUGAUAUACCUAGGACUAGAGAAAUAUCCUCAGGCGAGGCUCUUCCUGGAACACGUCCUCACCUCCCCUGCGCAGGGCGUGGCUAGCGGAAUGAUGGUGGAGGCCUACCGGAAGUGGCUGCUGGUGGGCUGCCUGAUCGAAGGCAAGACGCCCGAGUCUCCCCGGACGGUUAAUAGCUCUGCGCUUAAAGUCCUAAGAUCCACAUCCAAGCCCUACGAGACGGUAGUCGAAAUCUUCCAGAACAGGGACAUGCCCCGCCUACAGGCCGACGUCGACGCCGGCGCCGAACUAUGGCGAAACGACGGCAACCUCGGCCUCAUCCGCACCCUCCUCCGCGCCCUCCCGCGCUUCUACAUCCUCAACCUCUCCAAAACCUACGCCGCGAUCCCGCUCCCCUCCGUCGCGCGGCUACUCAAUCUCACCCCCUCCGACGCACACGCGUACAUCGAAUCCCUGAUCGCCUCGGGCCACCUCAACGGCCGCAUAGACUACCCCAUCGCCCCCGACGCACCGGCCGUGCUGCGCUUCUUCGACGCCGGCGCCCCCGACGGCCCGCUCGCCCGGAACGAAAGCCAGCAGCUCGCGGCGCUGGUGGCGCAGAUGGCGCGCACGAACGAGUUGGCUGAGAUGGUCAAGGCGGCGGAUCUGAGGCUGCGGCUUACGCGGGAGUAUGUGGAGUACAACCGGCGGAGGAAGGGGAAGAAAGGCGGGGUUGGCGGGGGCGGGGAUGUGGGCGGUGACGCCGAGAUGGCGGAUCCGGGGCUCGCGGACGUGGAUGUUGGGGAUAUUGGGGAUGAGGAUUUGAUGGGGGAUCUGCAUUGA